AACACACUCACCUCUUGCUUAGUAAAGCACGCCUAAGUCCCAAAAUUUCAUAUUUUUCAUCAAAAAAUACAUCACUCCUCCGCGGCUCCGUCCAGUUCUCCGGCGAAAUUCACCGGUUACUGAAAUCUUAGCUCGAAGCAAAUUUCUGAUUAAAUCUAGACGCAAGUAGUGCUACAUAAGCAAUGGAAUCAAUUGUUGGGCUGGGGAACAGUAAUACGGUGGCUCGAGAUGAUAUGGAAUUUGAUUCACAUGAAGCAGCAUAUGAAUUCUACAAAGAAUAUGCAAAAUCAGAGGGGUUUGGCACUGCCAAAUUGAGCAGCCGUCGUUCUAGGGCAAACAAAGAGUUUAUUGAUGCAAAGUUUUCUUGCAUCAGAUAUGGUAACAAGCAGCAGUCUGAUGAUGCGAUCAACCCUAGACCUUCUCCUAAGAUAGGCUGUAAAGCUAGUAUGCACGUGAAGAGAAAACCGUCAAAUGGAAAGUGGUACAUUCAUAGUUUCAUUAAAGAACACAACCAUGAGCUUUUACCAGCUCAAGUGCACUUCUUCAGAAGCCACAGAAAUGUUGAUCCGCUUAACAAUGAUGCAAAAGUUCGACGGAAAAAUAUGUUGGCUUCUGUAUCAAAACAGUAUGGUGCAUACCAAUUCUCUGGUAAUCUGGAGAAUCUUUUCAGGAACCAACAUGACAGAGGUCGAAGUUUGACUUUAGAAGAAGGAGAUGCUCAGGUUUUGCUUGAACUUUUUGUGCACAUGCAGGGAGAGAAUCCAAAGUUUUUCUAUGCUGUAGACUUAAACGAGGAACAUCGAUUGAGAAAUGUUUUCUGGGUUGAUGCCAAAGGCAUGGAUAGUUAUUCCAACUUUGGUGAUGUGGUGUCAUUUGAUACUACAUACUUCACAAACAAAUAUAAAAUACCUUUGGUUCUCUUUGUUGGAGCAAACCAUCAUGUUCAACCCACCUUACUAGGUUGUGCGCUAAUUGCUGAUGAGACAGUGCAUACAUUCAUAUGGUUGAUGCGGACAUGGUGCCUGGCAAUGGGUGGACAAGGUCCAAGAAUUUUGUUAUCUGAUCAAAAUGACAACAUCAAAGCAGCUGUUGGAGUAGUCCUUCCAGAUACCAAGCACUAUUUUAGCCUGUGGAGUAUAUUGGAGAAGAUACCAACGCGUCUUGAUUAUCUCAGCAUGUGGCAUGAAACAUUUAUGGAAAAAUUUAGGAAGUGCAUAUAUAAGUCAUGGACUGAAGAGCAAUUUGAACACAGAUGGUGGAAGUUGAUCGAAAAGUUCAGUCUUAGAGAAGAUGAGUGGGUCCAGUCAUUGUAUGAAGAUCGCAAGCUUUGGGUGCCAAUUUUUAUGAGGGAUGUAUCUUUUGCCAGCUUAUCUAUGGCUUCAAGAACCGAAAGCAUAAACUCUUACUUUGACAAAUAUAUCCAAAGUGAAACGUCUCUUCGAGACUUUAUUGGACAACAUAAGCUAAUUCUUGAAGACUGGUAUGAAGAAGAAGCCAAAGCUAAUUUUGAUGCAUGGCAUGAGAUGCCUGAGCUUAAGUCUCCCUCUCCCUUCGAAAAACAGAUAUUGCCUAUAUAUAGUCAUGAAAUAUUCAAGAAGUUCCAAGUUGAAGUAUUAGGAGCCUCUGCCUGUCAUCUAAAAAAAGAAUCAGAAAACGGCACAUCUAUAACAUAUGCUGUCAAAGAUUUUGAUGCAGAUCAAAACUUCAUGGUGGAGUGGGAUGCACCAAAGUCCGACUUAUACUGCUCAUGCCGUUCAUUUGAGUACAAAGGUUACCUGUGUAGACAUGCUAUUGUGGUUCUUCAAAUGUCUGGUGUCUUCAAUAUUCCUUCUAAGUAUAUAUUGAAACGCUGGACCAAUGUUGCCAUGAGCAGGCAUUCCAUAAGCGAAGGACUGGAUGAAACGCAAGCUAAGGUCCGCCGUUUUAAUGAUUUGUGUCGACGAGCAAUAAUAUUGGGUGAAGAGGGAUCAUUGACUCAGGAGAGCUACAACAUUGCUCUUGGUGCCAUUAAAGAAGCUUUAAAACAAUGUCAAGGAAACACUCUUGCAGCGAAUCGUAAAUCAGGUAGUAGUGCAACCCUUGCUAUCCAAGUUGAUGAAGUAUGUCAAGGAAACACUUUUGUACCUAGAGAGCUAGUGCCUAACAGUAAAGCUGCCCAGACAAGCAAGGGUUCUCAAAGAGCAGAUCUUGGAAAUGAAAGGGAAAGCGACAACAACACUUCUAAUAAAAAAGGAAAGGCGCCUUUGGAGCCAGAGAUGGCAAACAGUGCAGAAGGAGACUUUCACCAAAUGGAUAUGCCUGGUAGCCUGGAUUAUCCUGCGAGAUUCCUUACAACACUGUUAAGAGGUGGUGACAUUAACAAAAGAGGUGCGGAAUUACUUGGAGAGAUGCUGGAGGAACAAAAUUGAAGGGACGUAUAUCAAGAAUUGGUGGAGGACCAAUUUAUGUUUAUGAAUUGGGUUGUUCCUCUCAAAAUGGAAAAGGUAUAUUAUUAUUUAUAUAUAACAUUGUACAUUUUUCAGUCUCAAGACCCAAUUUAAUAGCCUGUCGACAACAUCACUUAUCGUAAGAUGCAGGAUCAAUAGAUUGAACUUAGAUGCUUAAUGUAUGUGCACCUGCAACAGCACAAUCACUCUCGAAUGUGAAAUAGUAAUUUGCUUUUAUUGUCCCCGA